UACGCGAUGGCGGCUCGCUCCACAAUAUAGGGAUUUUAAAGCGAAAACAAUGGCUUCGCCGCCCGGGGAGGCGUGUUGUUGCCUCGGCUAACUACCGGAAUGAUAGCGACAUCAUUUUAGCUCAUCGGAUUUGCUUCGGCGCAAAAUCGGAGACGUCCCUUUUCUGUUCGGGGCUCAGUGUUUUUCUUGUUCGUCUCCCGGGCCUGGCUGUAGCUGCCUACACUGUAGCGGCGGGUUGCUACUUUCGGAUGAGCGGGCAGUAGGUCUUGAAGAGGUGGGGUCUGAAUUUAGGCGAAUUGGAGCCAAAACAAUUGUAGGAUGGAUCCAGACGGUGGGGCAGAUUCACAAAAAGCUGUCAGUUUGCAGUGGAAGAGCUACAAACUCGUCCAGGACCCAGCCAUACGGCGGGUCACACAGAAGAUCUACAGAUACGAUGGAGUGCAUUUCAGUGUGCCAGACUCUGGAUUUCCUCCCGUGGGUGAACUGCGGGACCCAAGACCCCGGAGACUAUGGUCCAGGUAUACAGAGCUGUCCCUGCCAGUGCCGAAGUUUAAGCUCGAUGAGUUCUACGUGGGUCCCAUACCCCUCAAGGAGGUGACCUUUGCUAGACUCAAUGACAACAUCAAGGAGCCCUUUUUGGCAGAAAUGUGUGCCAAGUUUGGUGAGGUGGAGGAGAUGGAAAUCCUGUUUCACCCCAAGACCAGGAAGCAUUUGGGCCUGGCCAGGGUUUUGUUUACCAGCACCAGAGGAGCCAAGGACACAGUCAAGCAACUGCACAAUACUUCUGUCAUGGGUAACAUCAUUCACGCUCAACUGGAUAUAAAAGGCCAGCAGAGGCAGAAGUAUUAUGACCUGAUAGUGAAUGGGUCCUACACUCCUCAGACUGUGCCCCUGGGAGGCAAGGCUUUGACGGACAGGGUCCAGCCUCAGGCCCCAACACAGCCACAGCCACAGCCACAGCCUGACACGUCAUCAGAAAUCAGGCGGAGGCUCUCCAGUGAGCUUGCGGUUUUGGCAGCAGGUGUCCAAGCCCUCACGUCAGGUAGCGCCACACCUUGCUCUACCGAUACUGGGUACAGUGAUCAGCGUCUGGAUACACCUCCCUCUGCAUCAUCUCAGGGAGGUGGAGGAGGAACACCUUACAGCUCCAGAUCUGGGACUCCUUUCUCACAAGACUCGGGCUACAGCGGUGCCAGGCAUACUGGCUACAACACUGGCACUUUGGGCAGCGGCUACCCUCCCCAGGACAUGCUACCUUCCUCCUCCUCGUCUUCUGCAGUCUCUUCUACUGUCGGAGGAUACAAAGUGUCUCGCUACUCUGAGGAUGCUCAGGAGCCCCCAGCGUAUCAUCGAGGUCGCCCUAUGUAUCCCCCAACCCCAUCAUACCGUCCCAAUGAGCCGCCAUGCUACCCCCCAUACCCCAAUGUUGCAGGGCCUGGGCCACACAUAGCGCACCACUCCACAAUGCCUCCACCGCCUCUUGCCACCCAGUAUGAUCAGCCCCCAAUGGCAGACAGGGAGCGGGACCGGGAUAGAGACUCAGGGGGCCGCUAUGGGCCAGGCGCUAUUGGCUCCAGAAGGUCAUCGUACCACCACCAGCAAGACACAAACUCUUCCUCAAAGUACCAUUCCCAUCAUUCCCAUCACCACUCAGAACGCAGGGACGACAGGGGGUACCGGCGAGACAGCCUGGGCUCUCGAUCAGGUGACCACAGCCACCAGAGACACCGCAACCACCACCAUUCUCACAACCACCAUGGCAGCAGCAGCCGCAGAAGGAGCAGCCAUGACCGCGACAGGGACCGAGACAGAGAUCGAGACAGAGACCGGGAUAGAGACAGAGACCGAGACAGUGACUACUCCAACAGCUCUGACCCCAGAUACAAUUCCAAUUCUUACCGCUCUUCCUCAAACAGCAUGUCUCCUCCCCCGUCAUCUUACUCCGCAUACUCCUCCAAAGAGCCUGCCCCAGCCCCUCCUCAGGGAUUGGAUGUUUCCACCCGUCUUGGGGGCGCAAGCUUGUCAGAGAGGGGACCUCUUCCUUCAGUGGGUGCUGAAAAAGACUACCACGCUGGUCAUCACAGUGCUCUGCCUCCACCUCCUCCGCCGCCGCCUCCCCUCCCUCCAGCCUCAGUCAUUGCGGCGGCUGUAGCUGAGACACUUGGAACACUGGACUUCAACCAGGAUAGUCCGGUCCGCGAAGAGCAGUGGACAAAACCUAAGCGCCGUCCCAGCACUCCACCGGCACCACCAAAGACACCACCACCUUCCUCUCCACCCCAGCCCUCCAUCGCCUCCUCCUCUACCUCCCCUUCCUCUACCUCCCUCCCACACCAUCUUCCCACCUCCUCUUGCUCCCCACCACCCCCUCAACGUGACUCUUCCUCCCCAGAGCCAGAUUCCACAAAUGAGAGUUUACCGUUUGUCUACCACAGCAGCAGCCUUGACUCGCGUAUUGAGAUGCUCCUAAAGGAACAAAAGGCUAAAUUUUCUUUCCUCGCCUCUGACGAAGAAGAUGAGGAAGAUAGGAAAGAGGAGAAGCAGAGGGGCACGCGGGGGGACGGAGGAGAGCGAAGAGGUGGGUCGGGUGAUGGAACAGGAGAGCACACAAGCGGCAAUCAGUUGGGAGACAAUGGGGAGAAGGACCACAGGAGGAAAGGGGAAAGAGACAGGGAUGGACACAGAGGAAGGAAACGGGGAAAGGGGGGAGAAGGUAGGAAGAGUCCCACUGUACUUACAGCAAAUACACCAUCCUCCUCCACCUACUCCUCCCACAUCCUGCCGCCAGAGGAACCCCAGCCCCAGGUUGGCCUCACUGGGACUGGGGCUUUGCAGGAGGACUCUUCCCAGGCUGCAUCUGCUGAUACACGCAGCAGGACAGGAGCGCACACACCACCUUAUAAUGGACAAAGUCAGUCCUCUCCUCAUUCCUCCGGGGAAGACAUGGAGAUCUCAGAUGAGGAGGAGGAGACGACCACCAUAACAACGGUGACGACCCACCAGCCCUCAGUCACUUCAGGUUCCUCUCCGUCUUCAUCCCAGGCUGCCAUGCCUUCACAAACAACAGACCCUUCCUCUUCACCCCAACCUAUUUCUGACUCUGCACAGCACUUUGGCACCUCCAUGCACCCUCCUAUACCUUCCUAUCCUCCUCAUUUGCCUCCUCCACCUCCCCCUGGUUACUCUCUCCAGCCCCCGCCUCCCCCGGGGAUCCCUCCCCUCCCCCACAUGGAGCUGCACCCUGAGUAUCCUCCUCCCAUGCCCCACCACAUGUAUGACUAUGCCACCUCCAUGGAGCUGAUGAACCAAUACAGCGGUGGAGCUCCUAUGUCCUUCCAAAUGCAGACCCACAUGCUAAGUCGCUUACACCAGAUGCGCCUAUCGUCAUCCAACGGCACCCCAGGCCCUGGUGAGGCAGCAACUGCAGACUACACCUCAUACCAUCUCCACUCUAUGCCACCACCCCACACACACCAUCCCUACAUAGACCAAGAGGGGAGUGGUGCGGCCUCUCAUUAUGACCAGGACCACCGCUACAUGCCCCCUCACAUGCCAUACCCCUACCCUGAUCCCCACAGCACUCAGAUACCCCCCCUUCCACACCAUGGCAUCCCGCCUCCUCAUUCUGGCUGGCCGCCACACGUCUUACCACCACAGUACCCCUCGUACAUGCCUCCACCUGGCUAUGGCACCAUGCUGCCCGGGGAUGGAGACGAGUACAGGGCUCCCGGGGAGGCAAUGCCCAUACUGGCUGAGAAUCCGAAUGAAGCCACAGUGCAGAUGGUCCUAGCUGCUCUGAUCCAGGAAAUGAAAAACAUCAUGCAGAGGGACCUGAACCGCAAAAUGGUGGAGAACGUUGCCUUUGCAACCUUUGACGAGUGGUGGGAGAGGAAAGAGACCAAGGCCAAGCCUUUCCAGACGAUGGUAAGGGGCGUGUCUGCCUUACGGGAUGAUGAGAAAAAAGAGGAGAAAGUCAACCGUCCUCGGGAGCCUCUCGGGUCUCUUGUGGACUGGGCAAAGAGUGGUGGUGUGGAGGGAUUUUCUCUCCGAGGAGCACUACGGCUGCCUUCCUUCAAGGUUAAGAGGAAAGAACCUCAGGAGUUCGAAGAGGGAGAAAUGAAAAGGCCGCGACCCUCAACCCCACCAGACGAGGAUGAUGAAGCUACUGAGGGGAGAAUGCCAGAGGCAGACAGGCGUGGAGCAGAAAGGGACAACAAGAGGAGGAAAAAGAAGCCAAGAAGUCGUAAACCAUGGGAGCUCGGCAGCGAGGGAGAAGAAACGUCUGACGGCUCCUCGACUGAGAAGGAGGAUGAAGAAGAGGAAAGUGAAAAGGAGUCUGAUGACGAUGCCCUUAGUGCUGAUAGUGAUGAUGAGAGCCUCUCCUCGUCAUCUGAGGGCUCUUCCUCUUCAGGAUCUUCAUCUUCAUCAUCUUCGGAAGAUGAGGAAGAGGAUGGAGAGGGGGCUGAGAGUGACGGUCUCGACAGCAUGGAUGAGUCAACCAUGGACAGCACUAAUGAGAAGGAGGACGACAGGGAAAAUAAUGCAGCUGCUGUUCCAAAAGUAGAAGUCAAAAUGGGUGAAGCCAAGGACAUCAAGGCAGAUGCAACAGCACCACCUACCAAGCGUCCUCCAUCUCCCCCCUACCCACGUCCUUCAUCCCCUGUCGUCCUUGUACCUCCUCUCAAGAAACGCAGGAAGACCGUCUCGUUCUCCACAGGCGAGAACGACAGCAAAACGCUGCUGCCAACUGCACAGCUAUCACCAUCUCCCUCACAAGUGGUGGGUGAAUCCCUUCUCCUUUCCCCAAGCAAGGCCACAGACUCCCCUGUCACUGCUGCGUCAACCCCAUCAGCUCGUCCCACACAGGGCAUCCAACUGCUCCCCUUUGCCUCCAAACCAGGUGAAGGCAAUGCCCUCAUUGUGCCCCCAUCUGGACGAACCCAAGAUUCCGAAGAGUCCAAAAAGGGACUACCCAUUUCUCCUCAGACCACUCCUGUCAAAUCCCCUGGAAAACGGGGUGCAGGCAAAGAUUCCCCCAAAUCUUCUGGUCCUCCCGUCAUGGUGUGCCGCACUGUGCAGAACCUGCCAUUGGACCAUGCCUCUAUGUGCAGAAUGGCCUUCGAGGAGGCCCCUCCUCCACCUCCUGUCAACAAACGGUCCAGAGGAAGGCCGCGGACGACCAGCUUGUCUGCUUCUUCCUGUCAAUCGCUCAGAGAGGAAGAUGAUGAGGAGGAAAGUGAGCAGAGGUUGAGACUUAGGGAGCAGCUGGGGGCAUCAAGCCUACUGCAGCUGGCCUCAGCCUCAACCACUGACCUGUCUGUGUUGGCUGACGUAGCCCUGAAAAUGGACCCUGAUGCUGGGGACUCAGAAGAGACCGAGACAUCUGAUGAGGCAGAGGAGCAGAAGAUGGAGGAGGAUCUCUUCUCACCAGAGUCACUGGCUCUGGUUAUGAGCCCCGAGGGUGUAAUCGUUGUUAUGGAGCACAACUACUGCAAACCCCCUGUUCUCCAGGUACCACCUACUACCAAAAGGACUUCCUCCAAAGACUCUUCUGUCUUGCUCCCAGCAGACCUCAACACAAUUUCUGGGGUGCUUGAAGCACCAGAGGAGGUCAUUGGAGAGGCACUACCAUCCAGGGGAGAUCCAGGAGAAUACUUACCUUCAAUGGGAGUGCUUAGUCCUUCUGAGGAUGCUGGCCAGGCUGCAGGUCUACCUCCAUCGUCAAAGAAAGUCAUGGCUAGCAAAGGUUAUGAACUUGAAAAGGACAAAAGCAAAAAGAGGAGAAGAAAAGACAAAGAAAACAUUGAGGUUCCUCACACAAAAAAACAGAAGGAGCAGCCGGGCAAGAAACAGAGGAAGCGUAAACUAGAGGACUCAGACUUGGAGGAAGAUGUGGAUGUGGAGGAGCUGGAGUCUGGGGAACUGUCCAGCUCUGACACAGAGGAUGAGAUGAUUGAAGAGGUGAGGAAGAGUGAGCGCCUCUUUCUGCAGGAGGCGGGGGUAACAUCAUCCCAGCGCUGGCCGAAACCUGUCCCAGCAGCCCAGCCAUUAACUCUGAAGUUCGACAACCGCAGUGAGUUUGAGCAGAUGACCAUCCUGUACGACAUCUGGAACUCCGGUCUGGACGGCGAAGACUUGAUGUUGCUAAAGAAGACCUAUGAGAAGCUGCUGCAGGACGACCACAGUUCUGACUGGCUCAAUGAUACUCACUGGGUCACCCACACUAUAACCAACUUGCCGAACCCUCGGCGUAAGAAGAAGAGCGCAGGCGGACAGCUUCGUGAGCAUGUGACCGGUUGUGCCAGGAGCGAGGGCUACUACGCCAUCAGCCGUAAGGAGAAGGAUGUCUAUCUGGACCUGGACCUGCCCGAGCAGGUCAUACGAGAGGUGGAGAAUGUCGACACUUCGGGAGCUAACCGGGUUCUAUCAGAGAGACGAUCGGAGCAGCGCCGCCUCCUCACAGUCAUUGGCACCACGGCUGUCAUGGACUCUGACCUGCUCAAACUCAACCAGCUUAAGUUCCGCAAGAAGAAGCUUCGUUUUGGACGCAGUAGGAUCCACGAGUGGGGCCUGUUUGCCAUGGAGCCCAUUGCUGCUGAUGAGAUGGUCAUCGAGUAUGUGGGUCAAAACAUCAGACAGAUGGUGGCUGACAAUCGAGAGAAGCGCUACGCACAGCAGGGCAUCGGGAGCAGCUAUUUGUUCAGAGUGGACCACGACACAAUUAUAGAUGCCACCAAAUGUGGCAACCUGGCCCGAUUCAUCAACCACUGCUGCACUCCAAACUGCUACGCCAAGGUAAUCACCAUAGAGUCCCAGAAAAAGAUUGUGAUCUACUCGAAGCAGGCCAUCGCUGUCAAUGAAGAGAUCACCUACGACUACAAAUUCCCCCUCGAGGAGAACAAGAUUCCUUGCCUGUGUGGAACAGAGAAUUGCCGCGGGACACUCAAUUAGUGGACAGGCUUCUCUUUCUCACUUGCCAACAACCAGCCAGACCCAGACACCCCCCUGUUUCGCCCUCCUCCUCAGAGUGUACCUCGAAACAAAGCCACCCUCUGGAAAAAAAAAACCCUUGCCACUCCUCCGGAUGGCCUCACAGCCGUCCUCAAAGUACCCAGGAAACAGAGAUGCACACACUUGCACUUUUCACGCACAUUUUUCUUUCACUUGGCAGUUUCACAAGCCAGUGUGUGUGUGUGGGGUUUUUUUUUUUUGUUACCUGGCAUGUGAAAAACAAUGAGGGGGUUCUCUGUUUCACCUUUCACUCUACUUUGGCAGUAUUUGUUGACUAACAUGGGUAAUUGGUUGUUCCAAACAGCCUGGCAUGAAAGGUCUUUCUAUCACAACGCCGAUAUCCGUUUGAUGAAGAAAACUGAAAAAAAAAACACUGGUAUUCUGUGUCUACGUCCGCUCACAUUAUCCACAACCUGGAUCACUCUUCCAGUGUCCCCGCAGCCCGCCACCCACACAAAUCCGCACAUAGACGCACAGGAACAUCAGACAAAUUCAGGGUUUUUAAAAGCGCCUGUUAAGGGCGCACUUUUAAGCUGACAAACUUCAAUUAAUUUGGUCUUCAGUUAUGCAAGAUUUCCAAGUGUGAAGAUUAUUUUGGAGCUUUUUUUUUUUUUUUUAACUUCAUUUCAUAGUAUUAUAUAUUGAUAUUACUGUUGCUGUUAUUGAUGGUAUUUAGUUGCAGUCGCUGUGAGAAUCUUGCAGCAAAGUACGCUUCAGUGUACCCACCCACUGUCCUCAGUGGAUUCACCAGCCACUAUAAAACACGAUUUCCCCUCUCCACUGUGCAUUACUCUCCUGAUUUGCCAUAGCACUCUGCUUGGAUAAAGUAUAAUCCAUUAGAACUAUUGUUUUUAAUCCACCCUGAAAAUAUUUGUCAGUUAAGUUGUAGCUAAAUGUGUUUUAUUUUUACAUGGCUGCUGAUUUUUUCAUCUGCAGGACCAGCACAACAGAGAAUUGGCCCGUGACUUUUCUUUUUCCCCCCAGUUUAUAGCUAUGUCACCAAAACGUCUCGUGAGGAGAACUUGUUUGUUUGAUAGGAUCUCUCUCUUUGUGCCCGUCUGUCUGUAUGUGUUGAGUUGUUCCUUCCAUGGUAUUCUCUUUUUUUAUUUUUGUUUCAACCAGCAAAUGUCAGAUGCCUACUUAAACAAACUUUCUUUCCUCACUUCUUAAAGCGAAGAUCACCACAAAACUCUCGCAGGUCCCUAGUAAAAAAAAUGCUGUGGUCAGUGUUUAACUUUGUCUGUGCUACAAAUGUUUUUAAAAGGCACAUUUAUUUGAUUAGUACAGGUCUCUUCAGCGUUUUAGUUUUAGAAAAUUCUUUUUCCACUGUUUUGUGGGCCUUUCCAGAAUGCAUUAGUAUGUAUUCUGUUCGUGUGUGGACUCAUUUCCCCCUCCACACUACCCUCCCUGAAACAUUAAUCGGCUUAUGGCAAAACAACAUAACAAAUGUCAUGCUUGCUAUCUGUUUGCAGUGUAGAUGGGUGGAAGGUAUUUAUGGAUAAGCCUCAGCAGGUUUGUGACACGCUGCAGACAGCAGGAUGUAUAUGGCCCUCACGUCGUCUCUGUUUUUCACAUGGCUAUGGCCGUCCAAAGUUGAACUUUCAUUUUGAACUUUUAACUAGCAGAAGACUUUAUUUUGUUCCCUCCCAAACAGGAAAAAUGUGUAAGAUAUUUUUUGUUGCGGUGAAAGCCUUUCAGUACAAACCAACCCUCUUUACUACAGGAUAAAAAGUUGAAAGGAAAAAAAAAAAUCAAAGAAGUACAUGUAAAUAUUGUAGAGGUGUUUGUUUCUCGUAGAAACACACUGAUUUCAAGCUGUAAAUAUGUCGUUCCUUUUCCUCACUCCAUGAGGAGGAAACAUGUACAUACCUUCCAUUCAUUUAUUUUUUAUUGUUUUUCCUUUUAAUUUGAUGAUUAUUUUAAUAUUAUUUGGAAUAUUUCUCUUGUAUUAAUGCGUUGGACCCUUUAUUAAUGGUGCAUUAAAAUAUUUUUUAAAUAAAUGAAAACCUCA